AUGGACACCUUGGCUGAAAUUCAAGAGCAAGAUGAAGCAGUUAGAGAUGUUGAGAGUAAGCUUCUUGAUUUACCACAGUUAUUUAAUCAGUUGAUAUUUCUGGAUAUUUCAGUGUUAGUGGAUGCGCAAGGAGACAUGCUUGACAACAUAGAAACACAGGUUUCAAGUGCAGUGGAUCACGUGCAUCAAGGAAACAAUGCCCUCCAGAAGGCAAAGAAACUACAAAGGAACUCUAGAAAAUGGAUGUGCAUUGCAAUCAUGAUCGUUGUUAUAAUAAUUGUUGUUGCUAUCAUCAAACCACGGGUUACCAAAAACGGUGUAUAG